GAUCAUUCAGAAAAAGCUGUUUGAAAGAAGUGCAUAAUUGACAGGCACUCUUGGCUCCAUUCUCUCUCGCUGAAAAUAAAAGCAUGUGUCCAUCCAUCCCCUCACAAGCCAUGAGUUACAUUUGCAACACCAGAAAUUAACCAGAAUCACAACUACUUGUCUCUUAAGCUAGCAUGAAGACUCUCUGUCUCAUACUCCUCCUACUCUUAUUCUGCUCAUCCUCAGGCAGGACAGAAGGCAUCAGAGAUGUUGUGAAGCUCUCUAACGUGCAUAAUCAGGUGGAUACUCGGAUGAAGUUGAGAGAGGGGUCUUCAGUGGAUAAAAGGGUCUUCAGUGCAAUGUUAGCGGAUUAUCAUGAUCCUGGAUCCAAUCCUGCUCACGAUCCAGGGAAAGGAAAAUCUGGGGGUAAAGGCGGCAACCCUUGAUCAACCCAUUAUCAGUAUAAAGUGUUCAAGUGCUC